UAAAGAAGGCUCUUAUGUAACCAGGCAUCGGGGCCCAUUUCUCCAGAGAAUUUUGUUGUUCAGCAAAUCGCUGCUGGGAUGAAGCUUUAUAGCUUUGGAGUCCUUGUAGCCAUCUUCCUCUCGUGUGAGCUGUAUGUCUUCGCUUUUCAGAGUGGCCAGGUUUUAUCAGCUUUUCCUAGAACCUCCAGGCAAGUUCAGAUUGUGCAGAAUCUUACUACAACAUAUGAGAUUGUUCUCUGGCAGCCGGUAACAGCUGAAUUUAUUGAGAAGAAGAAAGAAGUCCAUUUUUUUGUGAAUGCCUCUGAUGUAAGCAACGUGAAAGCGAAUUUACAUGACAACGCGAUUCUGUUCAGCAUCCUGGUGGAAGAAGUGGCAGAUCUUAUUCAACAGCAGACUGCCAAUGACACGGUCAGCCCCCGGACCUCUUCCUCGUACUACGAACAGUAUCACUCGCUAAAUGAAAUCUAUUCUUGGAUUGAAGUUAUAACUGAAAACUAUCCUGAUAUGGUUGAAAAAAUCCACAUUGGAUCCUCAUACGAGAAGUACCCACUUUAUGUUUUAAAGGUUUCUAGAAAAGAACAAACAGCCAAAAAUGCCAUAUGGAUUGACUGUGGAAUCCAUGCCAGAGAAUGGAUCUCUCCUGCUUUCUGCUUGUGGUUCAUAGGCUAUGUAACUCAAUUCUAUGGGAAAGAAACCCUAUACACCAGUCUUCUGACACAAAUGGAUUUCUAUGUGAUGCCGGUAGUUAAUGUGGAUGGUUAUGACUUCACAUGGAAAAAGAAUCGAAUGUGGAGAAAGAACCGGUCUUUUCAUGAAAAUAAUCGUUGCAUCGGAACAGACCUGAACAGGAACUUUGCUUCCAAACACUGGUGUGAGGAAGGUGCAUCAAGUUUCUCUUGCUCGGAAACUUACUGUGGCCCUUACCCUGAGUCAGAGCCAGAAGUGAAGGCAAUGGCCAAUUUCUUGAGAAAAAACAUCAACCACAUUAAGGCUUACAUCAGCAUGCAUUCAUACUCCCAGAAGAUAGUGUUUCCAUAUUCCUAUAAUAGAAGCAAAGCCAAAGACCAUGAGGAGCUGUCUCUAGUGGCCAGUGAAGCAGUCCGUGCUAUAGAGAAUACUAAUAGAAAUACCAGAUAUACACAUGGCAGUGGUUCAGAAAGUUUAUACCUAGCUCCUGGAGGUUCGGAUGACUGGAUCUAUGACUUGGGCAUAAAAUACUCGUUUACAAUUGAACUUCGAGAUAAAGGCAAAUAUGGAUUCUUGCUGCCAGAGCGUUACAUCAAACCCACUUGUACAGAAGCUCUUGCUGCUGUCUCUAAGAUAGCUGGGCAUGUCAUCAAGAAUGUUUAAUACUCUUGAUUUUUCCACUCUUCUCCCAUAUUUUAAUUUACCGAUUCCAACAAGACUAAAUCAUCGUACCAAUUCUUUUUAAAGUUUUAUCCGUAGUUUUGAGAAAAGCUUUUUCCUAUUCCUUGGUUUUGUCAAAGAAAAGGCCAAAAUAAAUGCUACCUUAAAAUUAAGGCAGAAAAGGGCUCACAUUGCUUUUUUCUCUCUAAAAAAAUAUGUAAGAGGCUAGAUACGAAUUUUUUUUGAUUAAGGACGUUUGACCAUCGACUUCAAGCAAUUUUAAUAACUAGUUUCUUGCAGAUCAUUGGACCACAAAAGGAAAGGUGGUUAGGACAUUAAAGAUUUCUGCUCCAAAUUUUCAACGAACUGCCUUGCGCCUUUAAAAACCCAACCGUGUCUUGUUUGCUCUACAGUAAUAAGCGAAGGCCCAGAAAGCGGAGGAGCGGAGGAGCGUCAACAACAGUACAAACACCGUCUAUCACCUCUCAGUGCACAUUGCUGAGCACAUGAAUGAAUGGCUGUAGUUAUUGUCAACAACCAAUGUGGCAUUUUGUGCAUUUACUACAGCUGUUUAUUUCAAGACAUUAUAUAAUAAAAGGCGUAAACUCUU